AAAAACAUCUGCGCUGUUGUAAAUUUCUUACGUCACUGAUUGUUUUGCGUUUGUAUAUAUACAUAUAUAUAAUAUAUAUAUAUGUAUACAUAUGUUUGUCUCUGUUAAAUAAGUGAGAGUUAAAGAAGAGGAUAAUACCAUUACAGGCCGGCAAUAUGUUCCAGUUUCUAAUGCUUUUAUGUUUCGCUGCUCAGUUAUCGAACGGCCUCACGGACGAAGCGUGUGACUUGCCAGUGGACCAGGGGAAAUGUGAAGACCCUCCUACUGAACGCUGGUAUUUUGAUGCGAAAUCCAAAACCUGUAAGAAAUUUAAGUUUACAUGUGGAGGUAAUAGAAAUAAUUUCCUGUCUAACGAAGAAUGCAUUGGAGUGUGUACAAAUGUUUGUACUUUGCCUGUAGAAUAUGGAAGAGGUUACACAUCUCUUAGAAGGUAUUACUUCAACAAAAAGGUGAAUAAAUGUGAAGAAUUCGAUUUCUCUGGAGAUGGCGGAAACAGUAAUAACUUUCCCAGUAUCGAAAAAUGUCAAAAUACUUGCAUGAGUGUUUGUAAGCUACCAAGUGAAACUGGCUUAUGUCGUGCGCUUUUUCUACGCUAUUACUACAAUCAUAAAUCGCAGAGAUGCGAGGAUUUCUUUUAUGGAGGGUGUAUGGGAAACAGAAAUAAAUUCCUGACUAUCGAGGAUUGUAAAAAAGCCUGCCAAAAUUUUAAACAUUAAAAUAUUGCCAGCUACAGCGAUGUGCAUUUAAUCAGAAAGUAAUGUAUAGGAUACUUGUUUUUCUUACUAAAAUGUAUCUUUAAGCAAAGAAAAUUAAUCGUUAAAAAUAAAUCUAAAUCGAAUCGAUUUUCCGCAACAUAUUUCGGCGACAUAUUUCUUAGAUGUAUCUAAAAUAUCUCGUCGAAAAAUCUUGUUCAAGACUGUUGCUAACAUGCAUUUUUCUAUAUAUUUUCAAAUGUAGUUCGAAUAACACGGAAAAGAGAAAUCUUCCCUUCCUUCUUCGGUCAUAAUUAAAGCAAAACCAUGCCUUAGAUAAAUAAAAUAUAUUUGUAAGUUAUGAAA